UUCAACCCAUUACUUUCACAACACUAGUUAAUUUUCGAUAAUUGCAUAAUUAGUCCAUCACAUCAAAAUGAUUAGUAGGUUUGUUAUUCCAAUAAUCUCUCUAGCGGUGGUGCUAAGCAUCAUCUCUAGCGAAGCACAACUAUCAACGACGUUCUACGGCGCUACGUGCCCCAAUGCACCCACCAUCAUCCGCAACUCCAUCCGCCGCGCUAUUUCGGCCGAGCGGAGGAUGGCCGCGUCUCUCAUCCGCCUCCACUUCCACGACUGCUUCGUCCAGGGCUGCGACGCUUCCAUCUUGCUAGACGAGACCUCCACCAUCCAAAGUGAGAAGUCGGCCAGGCCCAACGCUAACUCCGUUAGAGGAUACGAGGUCAUUGAGGCAGCUAAGCGCGAGGUGGAGCGCGCCUGCCCCGGCGUCGUCUCUUGCGCUGACGUGCUCACCUUAGCCGCACGCGACGCUUCUGUUGCUGUUGGUGGUCCAUCAUGGAGCGUGAAACUGGGCAGAAGGGAUUCUACGACCGCUAACCAAGCCAUGGCCAACACCGAUCUCCCGAGUCCGUUUUCCGGCCUUCAAGUUCUUAUUGACGCUUUCGACAAAAAGGGUCUUAAUGCAAGAGACAUGGUUGCUCUAUCUGGAGCGCACACAUUAGGUCAAUCCCAAUGCUUCUUGUUCCGUGGAAGAAUAUACAGCAACGGUACUGACAUUGAUGCCGGCUUUGCCAGCACCAGGAGACGGGGCUGCCCCCAGACCGGCGGCGACAGCAACUUGGCGGCGUUGGAUUUGGUGACGCCGAAUUCAUUUGACAACAACUACUUCAGGAAUUUGGUGCAGAGGAAGGGACUGCUGCAGUCCGAUCAAGUUCUCUUCACCGGAUCAACAGCCUCCAUCGUUUCUCAGUACAGUGGAAAUCCGAGGACUUUCGCUGCCGAUUUUGCGACUGCAAUGAUCAAGAUGUCGGAGAUUGAGCCAACUCUCAGACAGAAUGGAAUUAUAAGAAGGGUUUGCAGCGCCAUCAACUGAUAAGUGACAAUGUCUCUCUUUUGUUUUUCGUUUUGUAAGUUAGCUUGCGAGCAAAUGCUUUGCAUGCAGUCUACUAUUCUUGUGUUUUUCAUUCAUUCAAUUACUAUUUAUUUUAGUUUUUGCCAUGUGAUAUUGUAAUUUGAUUUAUACCAUCAAUCAAUGAAUUGUUUAUUUUA